CAACACGCGCUCACGGUUCAGCCACCGAGAAGAACCUCCAGACGUCAGUUGAAACAUGGCGUUGAACUGGAGAGCUGUCAUCAGUGUACAGAGGGGAACAAAAACCGCUGCCACGGCCACUGCGUUUCUCUGAAAAGUCAGCGACGGAUUACAUUGUGACUGCUGAAGCUUGCCGGAGCGCGUUUAUCUGCAUUUCAUCCUUUUUUUGCUACUUCUGGGGACGGAAGGUAACGUUACAGCCAGUAACGUUACAGGAUUAGAACGUUUACCUGGACAAUUUAACCACAGAAUAUGUGCCGAUUUAUUUAGCUAGCUAGCUAACCAACGUGUAUUUACGCGGUAGGAGCUAACGCUUAGUAGCUAACGUUAUCGAUCCUGUCCAGCCUUCAGCUAUUUGGGUUAACUCCUUGUGCACUCAGAGGUAACGUUACUAGUCAGUAAUAACAACAUGAUUCGGUGAACUGUUGCUGCUUAAAUUGCUUCUCACUCAGGUCCCGUGAGCGUAAAUGUAAUACACCUGAGCGUCAAAUACCAAGUUGAUAUAAUUUGUAUACUUUAAAAGCCAAAUAGCGUUGAGGAAAUGUCAGACAAUCAGAGCUGGAACUCGUCCGGUUCCGAGGAAGAUGUAGAGCCCAGAGAUGAGUCUGGACAUCUUGUCGGCGUCGUCGACUUGAGCGGAGUCCUUAGUAAGUGGACAAAUUACAUCCAUGGAUGGCAGGACCGUUGGGUGGUCCUGAAAAACAACACACUGAGCUACUACAAGUCUCAGGAUGAGACGGAGUAUGGCUGUCGCGGUUCCCUCUGCCUUAGCAAAGCUGUUAUUACUCCUCACGAGUUUGACGAGUGCCGGCUGGACAUAAGUGUAAACGACAGUGUGUGGUACUUGAGAGCACAAGACCCAGAGCACAGACACCAGUGGAUCGACUCCAUUGAGCUGCACAGGAGUAUCAGAGAGGGAAGGAGAGAGAAGGGAGGAAUCCAGGGAGCAAUAUUCAUCCCUUCACCACUGGCUGACUCUGGAUAUGGCUCCGAGUCCAGUCUGCGGAGACAUGGCUCCAUGCUGUCUCUCACAUCAGCCACCAGCGGCUUCUCUGCCACCUCCACAUCCUCCUUCAAGAAGGGUCACAGCCUGAAAGAGAAGCUGGCAGAGAUGGAGACCUUCAGAGAUAUCUUGUGCAGGCAGGUGGACACGCUUCAGAAAUACUUUGACAGCUGUUCAGAUGCCGUGUCUAAGGAUGAGCUGCAGAGGGAUAAAAUCGUGGAGGAUGAUGAAGAUGACUUCCCCAACACCCGGACAGAUGGAGACUUUCUGCACAACAACAACAACGGCAGCAAAGAAAAAUUGUUCCAGUCCUUGAGCCCCAAGGGAAUCAAUGGCAUAGACUUUAAGGGUGAGGCCAUCACAUUCAAGGCCACCACGGCGGGGAUCCUGGCCACUCUGUCCCACUGCAUCGACCUCAUGGUGAAGAGAGAAGACAGCUGGCAAAAGAGGGUCGAUAAGGAGAUGGAGAAGCGGCGAAGAAUAGAGGACGGCUAUAAAUCAGCCCUCAAUGAGUUGAAGAAAAAGUCUCACUUUGGAGGGCCAGAUUAUGAGGAGGGUCCAAACAGCCUCAUCAAUGAGGAUGAGUUUUUCGAUGCAGUUGAAGCUGCUCUCGACAGACACGACAAAAUAGAAGAACAGUCUCACACUGAGAAAACGAGGAUACAGAGAUCCAGCCCAGUCCCUCCCGGAGACGUUUAUUCCAGCACCGGCACGCACAGAUUCGCUGACAAGCCUCAUAGUCAGUGCUCCCCUGUUCUGAUAGUCAGGGCCCCUCCUCGGGACGUCCACAGAUUCAGCGCAGAGGUGGAGGAGAUGGUGCAGAAUCACAUGACCUACUCCCUGCAGGAUGUCGGCGGAGACGCCAACUGGCAGCUGGUUGUCGAGGAGGGAGAAAUGAAGGUGUACAGGAGAGAGGUGGAAGAAAAUGGGAUUGUUUUGGACCCGCUGAAGGCCACCCAUUCAGUAAAGGGCGUGACCGGUCACGAGAUCUGCCACUACUUCUGGGACACGACCUACCGCAACGACUGGGAGACCACUAUUGAAAGCUUCAAUGUUGUUGAGACGCUGUCGGACAACGCAGCCAUCGUUUAUCAAACGCACAAGCGGGUGUGGCCUGCAUCUCAGAGAGACGUGCUGUACCUGUCCGCCAUGAGAAAGAUCAUGGCCAACAACGAGAACGACCCGGACACCUGGCUGGUCUGCAAUUUCUCCGUGGAUCACGACGACGCACAGCCAUCCAACAAGUGUGUCCGUGCCAAAAUCAACAUCGGCAUGAUCUGUCAGACCCUGGUCAGCCCACCAGAGGGAGAUAAAGAGAUCAGCAGAGACAACAUCCUGUGUAAAAUCACCUACGUUGCCAAUGUGAAUCCCGGAGGCUGGGCUCCGGCCUCCGUGCUCAGGGCCGUGGCGAAGAGGGAGUACCCAAAGUUCCUCAAGCGCUUCACCUCCUACGUCCAGGACAAAACUGCUGGCAAACCCAUCUUAUUCUAAGACGCACAGUGCGGAGACACGAGGACAGAACUGCACGUGAGGCUUCGAGGACCCAGCGUCUUCAGACUGACUGUUGCUCUGCUGUCGUGACCAGACAAGUUCCUCCACGUGGUUUCUCCCCCCCCCCGCCCCUCUCUCUCUCCCAGUUCUCAGCUAGAAGUUAGUUCUAGUAGGGGAGGAAGCGUCACAACGGUGCCCUCUGGUGGCUGCAUUCAAACAUCUGCCAGGCAACCCUUUAACCCCUGAAAGACAUUCAUGUGAAAGAUUCUGUGAGAGAGUUCAUUGAAACACAGCAGUGAUAUCAUGACUUGUCAUAAUCAUUUCAAGUGAAAUUACUACUUGUUUCCCCUUCGUUGUGAUUGAAUUGAUAAAAUGCUAAAUUGUUGAUAUU